GCCAUGCAGCUGCAACGACAUCGGCACCAUUUUUUUCAUUUCCUGCCUUCCUUGUUUCCUUUCGUCCAUGGCCUGUUCCAGGACUGCCCAGGACGAAACGCGAUUGGAGAAGCACCCAGAACGACACCUCAAGAAGCACGCCACAGUCCUCAUGCUCGAGUGAAUUGCGAAAAAAGAGGCGUCAUUUCCAGAAAGCACCACAAGGGGUGUUUACUUCUCAUCAAAGAAGAGCCAAGAGAUACCUGUGCGCUUGAGUUGUCGAGUUCCAUCCAUAUGGAUCCGCAGCUGCAAGAAAUGCGUCCGUCCCCACAGUUCAGUGUUCAGCUUUCAAGAGUAAAAAUGGAACCUCCUGAUGCUGCAUAUCUACACGAACAGGGACAGAUACAGGAACAGUUCUGCAGCAAGUCUUCAUCGGGAGCCAGUAGUUGCGGUGCGACGGCUGAAAUGUGUGACAUUAAAGAAGAACCUCGAGAGGACUCUUCAAGUGAACGUUCGAUUACACAAGUGAAAACGGAGCCUUACAAUGUUGCGAUCUCGACAGAACAGGACCAAAUGGGACACAACAACUGUGAUUCAUCAUCAGAAGAUGCAACAGCAAGCACUCACGUUCCUCACGGGCCCUCACACGCUUGUGACUCAGCAUCGCCAUCUAGCGUGAAGCAUCCCUUUGUGACGAAAGAUCAGAAGGAAGAGAAGAGACCCCAGUGCGACCUCAAUCCAACUACGUUCUCCAGGUGUGAGUGUGCCAAGAACCACAUGCACAGGCACACUGACAAUCUUUGCCCUGCGGAGCUCAUCUGGGGCACAGACCUGCAGCGUCACAAUAAGACACACACGGCCGAGAAGCCAUACAAGUGCAAUCUCUGUCCUGCAGAGUUCAUGCGUAGCAAAUACCUGCAGGUUCACAAGAAGACGCACACGGGCGAGAGGCCGUACAAGUGUGAUCGCUGUCCGUCUGAGUUCAUCCGGCUCCACCAUCUGAAGGAACAUAUACUGGUUCAUACCGGUGAGAAGCUAUACAAGUGUGACCUCUGUCCUGCAGAGUUCAUCCGUAACACGUACCUGCAGAGUCACAAAAAGUCACACACGGGCGAGAGGCCGUUCAAGUGCAGUCGCUGUCCCUCGGAGUUCAUCCGGCUCCACCACCUGAAGGAGCACUUAAGGAUUCAUUCUGAUGAGAGGCCAUACAAGUGCGAUCUUUGUCCCUCUAAGUUCAUUCGGCUGCAGCACCUGAAGGAUCACAUACGGAAUCAUACUGGUGAGAAGCCGUACAAGUGUGAUCUUUGUCCUGCAGCAUUCACCCAGAGGUCGAAGCUGCAGUGCCACAAGCGGAAACACUCGGGCGAGAAGCCACACAAGUGCGAUAUCUGUCCUGCAGCGUUUACCCGGAGUACGUGUCUGCAACGUCACAAGUUGACACACACGGGCAAGAAGCCAGUAGGGGUACAGGUACAAAACGCUGAUAUGAUUCAAUACUCGAAUUGGCAACUCCAAGAAAUGCAGCUCUGCCCCGAGUUGAGCUGUCAGCUCUCGAGAAUCAAAUCGGAACCUUCCGACGCUGCGUGCCUAAUAGAAGAGGGCCAGGUCGAGCGACAGCACCACGGGAAGUCUGCAUCAGGAGGUGAUAGUGGUGGAGCAAAAGGAAGCACACCUGUUCUUCAUAUUGAGGACCAGCCCAGGAGCACUUGCAGUCGAGCACCCUCAGGUUGCAGUUCCCCAAAUGCACAGUUCAAGAUCAGCGCAACAACGGUUGAGCCACAAUUCGACGACACUGCCCUUGUCACUACGCAUUGUCGACCCACAGAGCAACAUCCAGGCCAGAGGAAGCCACGUGCACUUGCAUGCGCAUCGAAAGUCAUGAAAUGCCACAUGCUCGUACACGGUCACAACGAGUCGGAAGAGUGUCCCACCGUAAAAGACAUCCAGAUGGGAGAGGAGGACGUCGACCUCUCUCCUGCUACCUUCUCCCAGUCCGAGGGUACCAACAAAUUUUUGCUGAACCAAAGUGGCGAGAAGCCAUACAAGUGCAAUAUCUGCCCCGCAGACUUCAGACACAGCACGAGCCUUUGGCGUCACAAGCUGACACACACGGGCCUGAAACAAUACAAGUGCGACCUCUGCCCCGCAGCGUUCGGCCGGAGCUCCAAUCUCCGGCGUCACCAGCAGAAGCACACGGGAGAGAAGCCGUACAAGUGCAACCUUUGCCCCGCGGAGUUUAGGCAUCAGCACCACCUGAGGAAUCACGUACGGGUCCACAGCGGCGAGAAGCCGUACAAGUGCGACCUCUGUCCCGCAGAGUUCAGUCAGAGCACGAACCUGCGGUGUCACGAACGGACACACACGAACGAGCAUCCCUACAAGUGCGACCUCUGCCCCGCGGAGUUCAGCCACAGCACGAGCCUGCGCAUUCACCGAAGGGCACACACGGGUGAGAAACCUUACAAGUGCGACCUGUGUCCUGCGGAGUUCAGCCAGAACACCACCCUGCAGAAUCACAGGCGGACGCAUACGGGCGAGAAGCCGCACAAGUGCGAUCUCUGUCCUGCGGAGUUCAGCCAGAGCACGAGCCUGUUGCGUCACAAGCUGACACACACGGGCGAGAGGCCACACAAGUGCGAUGUCUGCCCCGCGGAGUUCAGCCGCAGCACCCACCUGCAGCGUCACAAGUUGACACAUACUGGCGAGAGGCCACACAAGUGCGAUCUGUGCCCUGCAGAGUUCAGCCGGAGCGCGUAUCUGCGGAAUCACGAGCGGACUCACAAGGGCGAGUAGCCAUAAAAUAAGUUGCUUUUGCGCCACUAAAAGCUGAAUCAUCAUCGUCAAGUUGCCAUAAAAGUGCGAUCCCUUUUCUGCAGAGUUCAGUCACAGCAUGAACUUGCAGUGUCGCAAGUAAAGACACAUGAGUGAGCAGCCCUACAGGUGCGAUCUCUGUCCUGUUGCUCAGCCACCGCCGAUUUCCUAGAGAAAAAGAAAUUUCUAGGCAGGUAAACGUGCACAGCGUUUGCCGUAAUUUCACGCGUAUUAGCCGCGGCUUAUGCGCGAUUUUUUAUUUAUUUUUUCUCACGGGCGCUUUGUGGCUUAUCUGAUCAGUAUUUUUCUGUGGUAUUUUUCCCAUACAUUAGUUUUAACGAAAGGGCCGACAGUGUCUCUGGAACAGCACCACCCUUCCAAUGCACAAACAAUGUGUAACAGGGACGGGCCCACAUUCGAGUAGAACGAUCUUCCUGGUGCCUUCCCCCAAGCAGCUUUAACUAAAGUGGUGACAGUGAUUCGUAUCUUCUGGAAGGCCACCGACCAGUCGAUCCAUGAAAAAAUUAUAUCACAAGGGCACAAUCCGAUCUUGGUAGAACACUAGAACUGACCUCCUUUGUUGUACACCAUGCCGACCACAGAAUAUGUUUAUUAUGGGUUUAUGGCCUUCUCUAUGGUCUCCGUUGUCCCACAAAUGAGUUGCGUCGUACUGCCCGCGGCUUAUCUGCCUGAAAAUUUUCCUAAAAACGGGUCCUGCGGCUUAUCUGCGUUGCGGCUCAUACGCGUGAAAUUAUGGUAAUAUGUUUCUUUGUCGGAACUGGAUAGAACAGCCAUAAGGUGGCUCCGAAUGCCGGCACCUGGUGUGUGUUUGUGCGAGUUGGGCCUUCCAUGCAUGAAAAAUUGAGAGUGGGCUGUCGUUUAGGCGUGUUGACACUAUUUCGGUCCUAUGUCAGGCCGACAACGGCAAGCCCUUUCACCACCAUUUCAGUCUGUCACCUUCUCUGCAUUACUUGUAAUUUGUACAUCUCUGCUGCUGCUGCUUCUUUGUUUUUCUUGUGUUUCGACACAACAUCUACACCGGGGGUUCUCAACCGGUGGGAAAUCUAGGAAUGUCAAGGGGAGAAUGAGACCAGCAGCAUUCGCCUCCAGUGGGCCCUUGCACGCAUUCUGUGCAUAGUAGUACUACAGUCGACCCCCGUUUAUCCGGACUUCAUUUAUCCCGAUCCCCCGAUAUCCGGACAAAAAGCACGGGAACGGAUUUUCCUCCGUGUAUUUUGUUCUCGUUUAUCCGGGCUUCAGCUUCCGGACUCGGACAAGAAUUCCAGGGCACGAAAGUCCAAAAUUCUUGUAAUCCAGCUUCAGUUAUCCGGACUACCGUGAGUACAUUUCAUUACUCAUACUCAUUUCAUUACUCAUUUCAUUUCAUUCAUUUCACAGUACGUAAGAGGAGACGCUGACCCCGCUUUGUCACCUUUUUUGUUGUGUUGGGGUUAUUCCCGUCACACGUCAGGGACCUACAUUCCUCCGUAGGGGAGACAACCGUGCACGAUGACCCGCUUUUCUAUUUGUGUGCGUUGGGUCACGUUGACCAGUCGAGUCAUUUGGAAAUAUCUCGAGCAACUGUCCGGUUCUAGAGGGGGAAAACUCACACCCGAGGGAUGUCGCCUGAUCGCCCGCCCUGUGCGAAUCAGCUUCGCUAGCAAGGCAGUGAUAUGCAACAGGAAGAAGGACAACCCCCACCUGAAGUUGCCGGACAUUCAACAGUGGGCAAAGUUUGAACUUGGUCUCGACAUUCCGAAGUCUACGAUGGCGGAUAUACUCCGCCGUUCUGACAAAUUGCUUAGCGCAGACAAAGAAAACGUGAACGCCGUGCGGGACCGUUCUGGACGUGAAUGAAAUGUGAAGGAAGCCCUUCCAACAUGGUUCGGAGAUCUUCGUUCUCGUGGGGCACCGGUUAACGACACGAUGCUUAUUGAGAAAGCAAAGAUUUUUUUUACUACGUUGACGUUGAUAAGGAUGAUGACACGUGUGCAGCUAUGACUGAUGACGGUGUGAUUGCUGCUGUGGCCUCCGAUGAUGUGCAGCAAGACGGUGCCAAUGACGCCAGUGAGAAAGAAGGCCCCGUUGUGACCGUUGAGCAUACGAGAUCGGCAUUAAGGACUGCACUGACAUUCUUCGAGCAGCGCAACAACGUGGCUCUAAUCUAUGCAAUUAGCAAAAGUUUGCAGCAAUUGAGUGUUUACACUACUAUGAAACAGCUGUCAUUGACGAGCUUUCUGUGUUUUAAUUAAACCUUGCUCUGUAGGAUGCUUUUA